GUCCGAGUGUCAAGAGCGCUGAGCACUCAGCAUAACAACAUGUGGCAAAGUGCGGUAUAACGGCAUCAAGAAGGCAGUAAUCGUCAGUCUAACAAUCGAAGUGUGGUCAUUCAGUUUUUCUUCUAAGUUUGCUUAUUGCAUUUCAUUCUAAAGUUUAUUUUUCGCUUUUUAAUUGCAAUUUAAACAAAUUGCAGAAUAGUUAUAAAACGCAAAAGCAAAUAAACUAAUUACCGAGACGAAGAGAAUAUGCAAUGCAUUCACCGAUAAAUGCUUUCGAAUUAAAUGAGCGUCUGAUGACCGCUGUACAGACGGGCAACUUCCAUGGCGUGCUCGAUUGUCUGAUGGAGGGUGCCAGGGCAACUAUUGUUUCCACAUCGUGUGGGCGUACAGCUGUUGGCACUGCGGCGCUAGUGGGUGAUGCUGAGAUCCUUGAGCUGCUGAUACAAUCCUGUGAAGAACCUGAUUUGGAUAUAUUUAAUAGAAGUUAGUGACCAAGUACAUGCAUACAUAUGUAUGUGUAUAUGAGUGUGUGUGUGUAUAAGAAAUAAAAAAAUCGAUAUGUGCAUAAGAUGUAACGGUUAGGGCAUUUGAACUCAGCUGUUUAUUGUAAUAUACUCAUACAUUCAUAUCACUUAAGAUGAUUUGUACCGGAAGCCUCUAACACGAACGAAUAAACCUACAAGUCGUACCCGAGUUCCUACUAAACGAAUAUAACAAAGAGAAAAUGUCAAUUUAUAUCUCGUUAUCAACCACCAUCACCCCCUUUAUCUCAUUAAUCGCCGAUCGUCUCAACUGCGAAAACAGUGCCCACUCCUCGUUAAAACACAAAUAGAACAAGUAAGGAAGUUCGAAGUUCGGGAAUUUAAAUUUAGACGAAAUUACUUCAGACCACACAAACUCGUUUGAAAUGGAAACAGAGUGCACCCCGGACGGCAUGGAUAACCUUGAGUGGGAGGAUGAAUUUAUCGAUAAUUGCACUGAUUGUGAUCAGAGUGGUGGAGAGGAUGUUGCCCAGGAUGCCGAAGACACUUCCCUCUAUUAUUAUUAUGCCAAAACGUUCGAACGUACCGGUGCCAUUAUCACCCGCAUGGAUGAGCCAUAUGCUGUCUCCACGAAUUGCGGACACCUGCAGGAUGUACAUCGCGUAGAUGCGCUGUUGAUGACACCGUUACAUUAUGCCGCAGCUUGUGGACACGUGGAGUGUGUGCGUGUAUUACUCUCACAUGGCGCCACAGUGGAUGCUGUUAAUAGUGACGGUUACACACCACUACAUGUGGGCGUGGCCUAUGUGGAAGUAGCUCACAUGCUGCUGAAACAUGGCGCCAAUCCGAAUUUAAAGACGCUCAACACCGGUGAAACAGCGCUACAUUUGGCUAUAAGGAAUCAUGCCGUGGCAGUGGCCAAUGUUAUUUUACAAACAAAUAUGAAUAUCAACGAAACGGAUGACAUCGAUCAGACGCCGCUGAUGUGCGCCAUAGUAGCUAAUCUGGACGGGCUUGCGGCGACACUAAUCGAACGCAGCGCACGCAUCAAUCUGCAGGACAAGGAGGGGCGCAACGCACUCUACUAUGCGGUGGUGCAGAAUAAUGUGCCGCUCACAGUGCGCUUGUUGCAACGUGGCGCACGGCGCAUCACUUCUCAUUAUCUGUUGCACCAUUGCGUACGCUACAGCAUGCACGAGAUGGCUGAGACGUUAAUCAACCAUGGCGAUAGCUUGAAUGUGCGCAACAGGGAUGGCCUCACACCCAUUCUGAUCGCGAUACUCAGCCAAAAGAUCGAUAUGCUGGAAUUCUUGCUGCGCGUGGCCACGGCACAACAAUCACAGGGUAUCACGAUAGUCGACACUGUCGAGAACGAGUUGCUCAUCGCCGUGCAAUAUAUAGAUACAGUACAGGACUUCGUACCCAUUGCGCGCAUAUUGUUCGCACAUAGUAAGGGUCGUUGGAUGUGUGCUUCGUUUACUUCGUUGUCUUGGUCGUGUUACAUUCCCUAUUGCCAGACGCCUCUGGCGCGCGCUGUAAUGCUCAACAAAUUCGAUAUCGCCGAGUUUUUAGUCAAAGAGGGAGUGGACAUAACACAGGUGUGUGGCGACCAUGGGAUUAAUCAUUUGCGCGCUACAAAUGGGUCGGGUGCUUUGGAGUUCGCCAAGUUGCUGGUUCAUACUGGCUACAAAUUCCCUAUCCAGCGUCCCGAAAUACCCAAUAAAUGGACCGGUGAGCGACGUCACUUCGAAAUGGAAAUGUUUCGCUUGUGCAGCACACCCUUGUCGCUGCAAUCACUAUGUCGGAUUGUGAUAAGGAAUCAACUUAUAGGCCUGCUCAGUCGUUCGGCCGUGAUGAGACAACGAUACUCAACAACGAAGCCCGAAUCGAGUUUGAAUCGUAUGAUAAGUUUUUUGGGUGUACCGAAGAUACUUCAAAAGUAUUUAUACGAGUUCGAUGACUGCGCGUCUGUGAUGAAAAAUACCUGUAAUGUGGAUGGCGGUGGUUAGCAAGUUAAGUAAGGCUGUUAUAUAGGUUUAAGUGGAUAGUUUAUAACGUUUAUCUAGGGUUAAGAUACAUUUGCACACAAAAGUAUUGCGUUGAUGAUCGAAUGAAUUAUUUGGCUCAGCAUGUGUGUAGUACCCAUAUUUAACAUUCCUAAGAGCCAUGAACUAAAAGAGUUAGAUAAAAGGUACACUUAAACUAAAAAUAAUUUAGAAUGAGUUAAAUGGUCGCUUUUCCAAGUUUAUUCCGAAAUAUUAGUGUAUUCAUGUAUUAAUAUUGUAAGUUCCAAAUCUGCCUUCCAGUCAACAGAUGUUAUUUCUCGAUCACCAUACACUAUGCAAUGUUAAAGUAUGGCGGUUAUUUACGGGGGUUACUCGUUAAUUACGGGGGUUAGGUGUAGUCAGAGACAUGAAAAAAUUACACUUUUCAACAAUUAUUUUUUUUUGCCAGUAAAUUAUUGAUUUGACAGAAGUUCGAAAAAAUAAACUAGUAACUUUAAAUGUAAUGGCUGUUUGUGUUGAUCCAGUUCCAACCGAAGCUCCUACCGGUGACCAUCUCUAAUCCUUGAAGAUUCAAUUUUUUUUUUAAAUUAACAAAAUGGCGGCCUCAGAAAAACUUUUGAAGACUUUCGGGAAAUUCUCAACAGUUAAUUGUUUAUAAAAAAUCGAAAUGAAAAAAAGAUCAGGCACUAGUUGUUCAUGUUUUCAAAAAUCUGUAUGAAUUUCAUUGAAAUCUGCUGUGAGGAUUUCGAUCUACAGUGGUCACAGAGCUAAAAAAAAAUCAAAGUUUUGAAAAAAACGCAUUUGAAGUUUACUUCAACUCUCUCUCUAUCAAACGUUCCACCUGUAAUCGAAUAACUUGAAAAGUAUUUAUCGGACUUACUUUAAGUUUUUAGAUAAUACUAUUUCUAAGAUAUUAUUCUCGCAAUUGAAAUCCGUGAAAUGACUCUUCUGCCAUUAAGGUUUAAAGAUCCAACGAAUCAUACAUACUAUACAUACAUAUUUAUGUACAUAGUUUUAAAAAGGCAUAAUUACAAUAUAGUUAAGGUUCGGCACAUUUCAAGUGUUCCUUAGGUAAACCCUUUUAACGACAUAGAGGUACCCCAAUUAAAGAUUGCAUUUGAAACUAAAUGUUAACAAAAAUACGAAUAGUUACUUACUAUGAAGUUGUUGUUCUACAGUAGUCACCAACACAAACGCAUAGCAGAAUGCAAAAGAAGAAUAACAUAGGUACAUACGUAUUUAUCAUUUUAAAGAUUUUAUAUAUAGAUAUCAAAUUUUAUUCGUUUUUGAAAUGCAUUCAUGUAUUUUAAAAAUGAUUUUUAAACUUUCUCACAUCAUUUAUACAGUGUUUUAAGAAAAGUAAAUAUAAAAUACAACAUUUUCAAUAAACUCCAACAUACAUACAUACAUACGUAGUUUGUAUGUAAUAUAUACGCAUAUAAAUGAUUACAUACAUGAUACAAGCUCAAUAGGUGCAACAAACACAUAAUUCCAACCUCAUCACAUUAAUAAGAUAGUAGCGUGUAGUUAAAAAUAUAUUAUAGAAUAUACAUACGAGUAAUAUAAAGUUGUAGUUUAAUUAAUAAACAAAUAAUAAUAGUCAACAGGUGAGCAAAUGCAACGUUUAUAAGGCCAAAGUUCCAAUUAAGCAAUCGAGUCAAUAAAAUAUUGCAAUACUUUGAAA